GUUUUCGUGGCUUCAGAAGUAACUUGUUUCCCAAGCGAAUCGGAAGCAGAAGGCUCUUAGGAAAUGAUUCGGAUCGGAUUAGUCGGUAUUGCGAUCCUAUUGAUUGGGAUGGCACACUGCUAUCCCCAAUUUGACAAUGGGAACCCCUGGUUGCGACCUCAGCAACCAAAUCAGCUCUCUUUGCUUCCAGACGGAGGAGGCAGCACCACUACCACCACCCCUCGUCCAACCACCCAGCCUCCGCGCUUCUAUGCCUGCCUCCAGUCUUGCCCGGCGACCAGCGAGUACAAUCCAAUCUGUGGCAGUGAUAGCGUAAACUACUACAACGAAAACAAAUUUAACUGCGCCUUGAACUGCGGCCUAAACAUCCAGCAGUUGCAUAGGGGAAUUUGUUAGAACUGUUAUAAAUUCUAGAACACAAGCAUGUAGCAUGAUCGAUGACAUCAGAGAGCAAGCACAAAUAAACAUACAAUACAUA